CUUCCUGCCGGGGGGACCAACACACCGCAGCCCCCAGUCCCGCGCCGGGUGGUGGCGCUCGGCCGCGGGGGGGCAGUGACGCCGCCCCGCCCCGCCCCGCCCCGCCCCCCCGCGCUGCCCGGCAGCGAAGUUCAGCCUCCCGCGCCCCGCUUCCUCCGCGCGCUCCGCCAGGAGCCGAGAGCCGCAGCUGAGCCGAGCCACGCCGCAGCCCGCGGGGAUCGCGCCCGGACCCGGCAAGUGAAGCCAUUGAAUUUGCUCUGAAGAAGUUCCAAGAUAGGUGCUGCUAGAUUUUAAUCAAGAACAGAAUGGGGAAGCAGAACAGUAAGCUGCGACCUGAGGUACUCCAAGAUCUCCGGGAGAACACUGAAUUCACAGACCAUGAGCUACAAGAGUGGUACAAAGGCUUUCUAAAAGAUUGCCCAACUGGCCAUUUGACUGUUGACGAAUUCAAAAAAAUAUAUGCAAAUUUUUUCCCUUAUGGUGACGCGUCGAAGUUUGCAGAACACGUCUUCCGCACAUUCGACACCAAUGGUGAUGGGACGAUUGACUUUAGGGAAUUUAUCAUUGCUCUGAGUGUCACCUCUCGGGGAAAGCUGGAACAGAAACUGAAAUGGGCAUUUAGUAUGUAUGAUCUUGAUGGCAAUGGAUACAUCAGCCGUGGUGAAAUGCUAGAAAUAGUGCAGGCAAUCUACAAAAUGGUGUCAUCGGUAAUGAAAAUGCCAGAAGACGAAUCCACUCCAGAAAAACGAACAGACAAAAUCUUCAGGCAGAUGGACACAAACAACGAUGUUUGUGAAUGAAAGACAUCAUGGCCUGCAUAGAAGGAACAGUUAUAAAUCCCUUCUAUUGCUCAAAAACCCUUCAAAGAAAAUAACUCUCUCAUAUCAGCCCUUUUACAACAUUUUUGUCUAGAGCGAAUCAUGCUUCUUUGAACAUGGUGUGAGUCAGAGAUGAACUGACAGCUUCCAAACUGAAGGUGUGAUCCAUGAGAAUUCUGCAAAAACUUGAAACUUUUGCUUAAAGCUCAGGAGCAGUCAGGUAGGAAAAGGUAAACAAGUGUAGCAAAACCCCCAGUUUUUCUUUUUUAAUACAUAUAUGUAUAUGAUAGAUAUGCAUUCCCUUCACUUCCCCGAUUAUUUCUAGCUUUUCUUUCUCUCCCUCUCUAUUCCCUAUAGACAAGCAUAAGCGAGCUCAGACUUAGGAUAAGCUUUAACAUUUUUAUUUUGGUAGCAAGUUUUUGGUUUUGGAUAUCCACUGUUUUAUAUUGUAUUAUUAUUAGGUUUGUAUUGAUUUUUACUGUUGUAUAUUGUAUUAUUAUAAUUUUUUAUUGAUUUUUAUUGUUUCAUAUGGAUAUUGUAUGGUUUAGGCCUGUGUUUGUAAGUGAACCAAAGUCAUGUCAAGUUUCCAUUUUGUAUGUCCAGUCUCCAUCUUGUAUCCUCUGCCCUGGCAUCCCCUGUGUUGCAACUGUAUGAGUCACAUAUCCCUCCCAUGUAAAUUGGUUCCCGGAUUAAUAAGAGUGAUUGGGAAUGACUGAAAUACAAUGGUAGCAGGCCUCUACUGAAUGGCCUGAAACAACCAGGCCAUCACCUCACAUUGAUUCAUCCAGGAACCACGGACCUCACCCAGGAACAGAGACAAGAACCCAGCAUUUGAAAGACAAAAGACCCUGCAGAACCAGCAACUCUACCAUUGUACCCCACCAUUACAGACACCCAAAACUGCACAUCCCUGCAUGGAGCACACAUGCUUAGUACGCCAGGGGCUGACCCUUGCCUAGGCAUGCCUCCUGUCACUAGGAUCACACAAGGUCUGCCCCUAUAAAAAGGGGCAGUGAAGACAGACGCAGUGGGACGCCCUCUCCAUCUGGACCAGCACCAUGCCACACCACCUAUCCACCCAGAGGCCCUGCCAGUGACCCCCCUCUGGACAACACCUGCUGGACAAGGACCCCUUUCCAGCCAGGAUAGGUAGCUAUCACCCCCCACCCUCUCUUCAGCCAAGGAUUUAGACUCUGCUUCUCUUCCCUACCUGGACUCCAGCCCUUCCACUGAGUCUCUUUCUCCUGCUGCCAGUGAGUGAGUGAGUGAGUGAGUGAGUGUGUGUGUGUGUGUGUACCAAUAACUUCAUGGGGCCGUGUAGUGUGUUGUAUGUGUAAUAAAAUUGUUAUUUGGACCCCUAAGGUGGGUUUUACUUUA